UUAUAAAAGCCAACCUUUUCUUUCGCUGGGUGCUCACAGUUCAUCACUACAGCCUCAGGAUGUUAAAGUUUGUGUUGCUGUUCCUGACCCUGUCAGGUCUCCAAGCUCGUCCAAUCGCAGCUCCUGGACAGCGAACGUUUUCGUCUGACCGUCUCCCAGAUGGCUUUAGACGGAGCGUCGAACACGCUGGCAUCCGUGAACGUGUUCCUGAUGGAUUCAGACAAGGAACAGAGCCGUCCAGGAAGUUCCUUGUUGACCUGAACACUGGACUUGUGAAGGAACACAUCAGUGAGAUGGAAAGGAGAGUUGUCCCUGUCGAUGUUCCAGCCCAGAGAAGAGGAGCAGGCUGGGUUCGAGUGGAGAAACGCUCAAUUGUUGAUGUUCCUGAAACUCUUAGACAAGAAAUUAAGUCCAGAAUGUCCAUCCCCAUUGGUUUUAGACAGGGAACCGAGCCAAAGAUGUCCAUCCCCGUAGGUUUUAGACAGGGAACCGAGCCAAAGAUGUCCCUCCCAGUUGCCUUCAGACAGGGAACCGAGCCAAAGAUGUCCAUCCCAGUUGCCUUCAGACAGGGAACCGAGCCAAAGAUGUCCAUCCCAGUUGCCUUCAGACAGGGAACCGAGCCAAAGAUGUCCAUCCCAGUUGCCUUCAGACAAGGAACCGAACCAGAAAUGUCCAAUCUAAUUGAGCUCAGAAAGGAAGCUCAGCAAAAUAUGCAGCGUCCAGUUGCUUUCAAACAGGCAACUAGGGUCCAGACCCAUAAAAUGGCUUGUAACGGGGAGAUCAUCAAUGGAAAAUGCUAUGAGUUCAACCCCAACUUGCUGUCCUACAAAGAUGCCCAAGCCUUUUGCAGAAAUCUGGCCCCCAAUGCUGAGCUUGUCUCUAUAACGAACAGAGACCUCCAUUCCCGACUGGUUUCCCUGGUGACCAAAGGAGGCGAGAACAAACCUGUGUUGACCUGGUUGGGAGGCAUUGUCAAGAACCAGCAGGCCUUGUGGGUCGACGGGUCAAAAUGGAGCUACAGCGACUGGAUGCCGGGACACCCCAACUUUCACGCCAACAAACCCGCCUGUGUCGAGAUGUUCAAGAUCGAUGAGAGCUGGUGGAGCGUGGUGGAUUGUGAACUGAAGAGGGCGUCCCUCUGCUCCUACCCAGUCACUGCCUAAAAAAAAAAAAAUCAAAGAAACAGGAAGUGAUGUCAGAUGGCGAAAGAGUUUCUCCAAAUCUGCUGUACUCCUCAGAUUGAGCUACUUACCACAUCAUGAUUGACUCUCCUUAAAUAAAACCAAGCAUACCACAAAAAAUGUAUUUCUUUUUGUUCUUUUUCAGCUUUAUUGUUUAAUGUAGCAAAAAAAUUGAUUAUGUUUUUCCAUAAAAUGAAAACAAAACUUCUUAAUUUAGACAAGACUUUAAUGAUCAUUUCCCACAUGUGUAUACAAAGCAGUUUGUACAGAUUAGGGAGCCAAGUUUAAACAAUUUUUAGUACCUAGAAAGUGCAAAAAGGACAUUUAAAAGACGCUGAAAUAAAAAUCAUGCUGUACAUUAUAUAUAUAUUUAUAUAUAUACUGUAUUCAUAAAUAAUCACAGAUAUACACACAUCCAUUUAGGUGACACUCACAGAGGAUGCAGCUAAGACACAAAAUAGUAUUUCUGAUUAUUAUUUAAGUCCAAUAUCACUGGUUCCCGUCGAGACUGCUGUGGUUGGACACGUGGAAUGCUGCGUAAAGUCGUAAAGUUUCAGGGAUAAAUGGCUUCAUGACGUUUCUAGCUCUAUUGUUGACACGACUGGCUUGAAGGCACUCCGUUUGUUGCAGUCGUGGAGCAGCUCAAACAGUGGCGAGAAU